CGGGAGACACACAGAUACACAAUCGUCCCGAACACACACAACUACAAACAUGAGGGAAAUCGUACACAUUCAGGCUGGCCAGUGCGGCAACCAGAUCGGAGCCAAGUUCUGGGAGGUCAUCUCCGACGAGCAUGGCAUUGACCCCACCGGAACUUACCACGGGGAUUCCGAUCUUCAGCUCGAGAGGAUCAACGUCUACUACAACGAGGCUACAGGAGGUAAAUAUGUGCCCCGUGCCGUCCUCGUUGAUCUGGAGCCUGGAACCAUGGACUCCGUACGAUCUGGACCAUUCGGCCAGAUUUUCAGACCCGACAACUUUGUGUUCGGACAGAGCGGCGCCGGAAACAACUGGGCUAAGGGACAUUACACAGAAGGU